AUGCUUAAGAGUUUCAACCUUCUUCGUGGGGGAGGCCUGCCACUACUGAGUUCGACAGCCUCGCCACUCGCCCAAUUCAACAGCAAAACCGCUCCGAUUUAUGUACUACACAAACCGUACACGAGCCGGAGCUAUGCAACCACCUCACAAUUUUCUCACCAGAACUACAUAUGGCCCAGCAAUCCAUCCUUCAGCCCCUAUGACGUCUUGAAUAUUCCCCGCGGCGCUCCGUACUCAAAGAGACAAUACUACGACCUUGUUAAGAUUUACCAUCCCGAUCGACCUUUCACCAAAGAUCACCCACUAUUCGGAGAACUGACUGCCGAAGUCCGACUACAGCGCUACCGGAUUGUGGUGGACGCACAUGAGAUUCUAUCCGAUCCGAUCCGACGAGCUGCCUAUGAUCAAACUGGCACCGGAUGGAACCAUGCGGUACAAGAUUCAACAGAAUUCAAUACACACGGAUCAGGUAUAUAUGCCAAUUCUACAUGGGAAGACUGGGAACGGUGGCAUAACCGCCACAAUGGCCCGCAGCAGCACGUUGUCGACCAACGCACCUUCACCCGGCUAGUGAUUCUCUUGGUGCUCUUUGGGGGUGCUGUUCAAGCAUCAUGGAUCGGACAGAUGAAUACUGGAUUUGAGGAUAAACUGCGCCUGGUCAAUGAGGAAUCCGCGCGCUUCCUGCAUGGGCGGAAAGACAAUACUGUCAAGCAAAUGGAUUCGAAUGAGGCUCGUGUGCAGGGCUUCCUCAUUCGCAGAGAUCCCACUGGGUCGGGCUUGAAAGACCAUGAGCAGACUGUUUAUCAGAAGGAGUUGGAUCCCCUUCGCCGGCCGAAAGAGCCUUCCCAACCUAACAGUCAGGCCGUGUCAAAUUUUGUACAGCCAGCGGAGCCGGUUCAGCCAGACACUGCAGGGAACUAA